AUGUCCCUCGAUCCAGAACCAUGGACCGCCGCCGUUCCAACCGGAGAGCAACGCAACACUAACACACACCCGCCGCCGGCGAACAACUCCGGCUACGAUCCCCACACCGGAAUCUACCGUUCCCUCGUCCACUUACCGGAAGACGGCCAAAUCCCCACCGCCCACAAUUUAGACACCGCAAAAUACGUCAUCUCACAAUUCCCCCACCCCGACAUUUCGGAAUCCAAGAUCGCCCUAAUCGACUCCUCAACCGGCCAGCAGCUGACCUACGCCCAACUCCGCCGCUCAAUCACAUCCCUCGCCGCCGGCCUCCGGUCCGCAAUCGGCGUCCGAAAGGGAGACGUCGUGCUCCUCCUCUCCCCGAACUCGAUCCUCUACCCAACCAUCUGCCUCGCCAUCAUGUCCGUCGGCGCGAUUCUCACCCCUGCCAAUCCCGUCAACACCACCUCCGAAAUCGCCAAACAGGCCAACGAUUCCGGUGCCAAAUUCGUCGUCGCGGCUCCCGAACAGCUCCAGAAGCUCGAAUCAAUCGGAAUCCCCGUCCUCACCACGACGAGAGCUCUCGAUUACGUGUCCUGCGAGGAACUAAUCGACUGCUGCGGCGGCGGCGAUGGUUCCACAGAGCCGCAGGUUUCAAUUUCGCAAUCAGACACCGCAGCGAUUCUGUACUCGUCGGGGACGACGGGAGCGAACAAGGGCGUGAUCCUCACGCACUCGAAUUUUAUUGCGGUGAUGACGAUGAUGAAAUGGUCGGUUCGUGCGAUGUCGGCGGAGGACGACACGUUCCUCUGUUUCCUCCCGAUGUUCCACAUCUACGGCCUGGCCUUCUUCGCCCUAGGGUUGUUCACAUUGGGGAUCAAGACCGUCUUAAUCCCCAAAUUCGACUUCAACCUGAUGCUCCAAUCGAUCGAAACCCACCGGGUCAACAACAUCCCCGCGGUCCCUCCGGUGAUUCUCGCGAUGGUGAAGUUCGCGACGGCGUCGGGGUUCGAUUUGAGCUCGUUGCGGCGGGUGGGGACGGGGGCGGCGCCGUUGAGCGGGGAAUUGGGGGUGGAGUUCCGGCGGAGGUUUCCGUGGGUGGAAUUGCGGCCGGGGUAUGGUUUGACGGAGAGCUGCGGAGCCACGACGAUGUUUGCGAGCGACGAGGUGGCCAAGCGGCGGCCGGAAGGGUGCGGGGGGCUUUUGCCGAGAUUUUGUGCGAAAAUCGUGGAUGCGGAAACAGGGGAUGCUCUGCCUCCGUACGGAAGAGGGGAGCUGUGGGUGAAGAGUCCGGCGGUGAUGAAAGGAUACCUGAAGAACGAGGAGGCUACAUCGGCGACGAUUGAUUCCGACGGGUGGCUCCGAACAGGGGAUCUUUGUUACUUUGACGGUGAUGGGGUGCUUUUCGUUGUUGACAGGAUCAAGGAGCUCAUCAAGCAUAACGGCUAUCAGGUGGCACCGGCGGAACUGGAAGCCAUACUUUUGACUCAUCCUCAAGUGAUGGACGCAGCUGUAAUACCAGUUAAAGAUGCGGCGUCGGGGGAAAUACCGAUGGCGUAUGUGGUGAGAGCUUCCGGUUCUGUGCUCACUGAAGACCAAGUUAUUACGUUUGUAGCUGAUCAGGUUGCUCCCUACAAGAAAGUGAGAAGGGUUGCCUUCAUCGGCGCGAUUCCUAAGUCGGCGGCGGGGAAGAUUUUGAGGAAGGAGCUCAUUUUGCACAACCAGCAACGACUUACAGCAAAGAUUUGAUUGGCUUCACUAAAAAAAAAAAAAAAAACUAUUUCGCGACCACAAAAUUGGUCGCAAAUUGCUAUAAGAGUUGGUUCCAAAUUGUCUUAGUUCUAAUGGUGUAACCUGUGAGGAAAUUGGGUUUGGUCAAUGUUAAUAGCAAUAAGGCAGUGACGCCACUGCAUAAUGUUGGUUAUGUAGAAUUUUACAG